CCAUGUCUUCACACAAACAAUUCGUAGAACCUGAGAAUUUGAGAUCAUCAUUCAGUUAAUACUUUUGCUGAGACAAUGUCUUCCGAAGAGGUUGAAGAUUAACCUGAGGAAGGUAAAGAAACGCAGAAACGUAAUAACACCCAUUGGGGAAAUGAUUGGCGGAGACAAUCGUAAAGGGAAAUCUACUCGUAAAUCUGUAAACACAGCGCCAGAUAAGGGGGAAUUAACUAACCAUGACCUAACAGCUGGCAAAGGCGAUCAGGCACCUACUGACGAAUCUCCGAAAAAAGGGUUGGAUGAACAGCAACCAGGUCUUGUGAAAGAACCACAACCGAAACUUAUCCAGACCUUGAAUCCUGGGACCAAGUCGCAAUCAAGUUAUUAUCUCCUUCUGAAAAUUUUCCUCGCCGUCGCAGUUGGGUGUAGUGUUGUAGCUAUCUUCCUUGCUCCUCCUGAAAACGUCAUGAAGCCUGACUUUGAUCUGGCGACAGCCUUUGGAAAUGGGCUUGAAAAGUUACAGUUGUCAUUUAUUAAUCAGACCGACCGGUUCUGGAAGAGGUUAAGAAGUCGCGGAUUGGCUCAUCUACGGAAUAAGGAUCCCUCACAACCACUGGUGUUCUUAUUGGCUGCACCUCCAGCAGCACAUGAAUACGUGGAUUGCCUGGCAAUUAAACUUGCACUACUGCUGGAUCCAAGACCUAAAGAAACUCUGGCCAGAAUUCAUGGUGAAGAAGAGAAAGCAAAUCCUCCAGAACAGACCAAAAUGACGAUGGACAAUUUUCUGAAGAAAGAAAUUGAGGCUCUUCACAAGGUAGUGAUUAUCCAUCACCUUGAGCUUCUCCCGCCACCCUCACAACUUCUGUUUCACUCUUAUUGUGAUGAUCAAAAUGCACCAUAUAAGGAAUUGGCCUUUAUUUUUACUGUACAUAUGCCAGUAGAGCCCAGCCCAUCUCUAUCUCCUAAAGAAGCAGAGAGAAGUGUAGAGAAAUAUCUUUCAGGUGAUGUUUGGGCAAAGGAUGAUAAGAAUGCAAUUGCUGCUCUCCUGGUCCGCAUUGCUGACACCAUGUUGCUCAUGAAUGGCGAAACUAGUGAUUCAGCAAGGGCCUUUUGUUCUUAGUCCACUAAUUGUUAGCAGUGAUAGGCAGGAUGAGUUGGUGAAUCAUCUUUACUGACAGACAUGUAGAACUUAACAGAAUGUAGCAACCAGGGAAUGUUGUCUUAAUGGGAGACUUAAUUCUCAGGAGUAAUCAACAAAAGAAUGUAGAGUUUUUAAGUGGGAGAAUUCGAAUUUUGAUCUAGAGUGUGACUAGUUUGUAAGCUGAGGUCAAAUAUGUAACAAUUGAUUGCUUCCUUUCCAUUAUGGAAAGUAUAGACUUGCCUGGCUACUUUAGUUUGUUUUCUGUAGAAUGUCACAAAACAAGAACUAUUGACUAUUCACAGAAUACAGUGGAUGGUUUACAAUACAUGCAAUUCAACAACUCAAUUUGCAUUUAUCUGUUGAUCAAAGCUGUAGAUUUUUCAUAAUUAUGUAAAUGUUAGGCUGUGUGGCAAACUAAAAGUAGUCCAAAAGACUUGCCAAAUUUGAUUGACAUUGAGCCAUUUUUUACCUUCCUUCAAACCUAGUGAAACUGCUAAGUAUUUACAACAACAUAAUGUAUUCAAGGGAACAUUUUUGGUCUAAAAUUUAUGAUUUUGGGAUAUUUAUUUCAUUUUGAGAAAAUUUGAACAACAAGCCUGGAGGUGACCUAGUUUUAUGGUACUAGGUUUAGUUUUAGGGCUUAAAACUUAAUAUAUUAAUUGCUUUUCUAUCAGUUAAAUAUUAUCCUGACCUUUGGAAUGAUGUGCUGAAGUUCACAAAAGCAAACUUGUCUCUCAGAUCUGUUUUUUAAAUUUUAAUGAUGGAUUGCAUGCAUUGAUUUUUUUUUGUUUUUUUGCAAGCACCCUCAUUUCCAAUACAGCUCAAUAGCCAUUUUUAUUAGAGCCCUCAAGUAUUAUCAUGAUUUCAAAUCAGGUCAUAUAAAUUUAUUUAAGUUUUUUUCAGGAAACUUUUUGGAGUUGAGUUUAGCCUUCAUUUACACCCUUCCCUAAGUAAUUGUUUUCAGGAGGUCUCCACUGACUCUAAACCAGUUUUGAUUCAGUUGUAUGCUGGUAGUCAUCCAGCUUUUUCCUGUUUUUGACAUUCUUUAGCUGGUGUUCUUGUGCAUGAUUUUGGACACUGGGGUUCAGUUUUGAUCAGAAA